UGGAGCCCGGCUGGGGCAGAGGUGCCAGCUGCCCACUGGGGGACCAGGGUGCAGAGCUAAAGCUGCUUUGUACAGACCGCCAGGUGGACAGGGUCAGUUCUGGAAGUGGCCCCUUCUCUGUGGGAACCAGGAGAUGCACUAGGGAAGCCAUCCGGCUGGACAGGCUGGAGGAGGUCACCUGAGGCUGAGACUCGGCAGGGCCUCAACAAGCGGUGCUGCCUCCCCCAGCAAGGCUGAGGGCUUGCUUACUGCCCUCUGCUGGGCUCGGACAGAAGAAUGAAAGGUCUCCGCUGGCGCUACACUCGGCUGCCCAGCCAGGUGGAGGACGCUCUGUCUGGGGAGGAGGGUGAGGAAGAGGAAGAGGAACGGGCGGAGGAGACAGCCCCAGCCCCAGCUCCUGCUCCUGAAGAGCCAGUGGCGCCCCAGCUGGCAGAAGCCAGCCAGGUUCUGGGAGCCUCGGAGAUGAGGCAGCUCAGCCUCCACCUCCCCCCGAGAGUCGAUGGACACCCCUGGAGUCUGGCCUUUUGCACGUCAAGGGACGGCUUCAGUCUGCGGAGCCUGUACAGGCAGAUGGAGGGCCACAGCGGGCCGGUGCUGCUGGUGCUGAGGGACCAGGAUGGCCAGAUGUUUGGGGCCUUCUCCUCCUCGGCUAUUCGACUCAGCAGAGGCUUCUACGGUACUGGCGAGACGUUCCUCUUCUCCUUCUCUCCACAGCUGAAGGUCUUCAAGUGGACAGGAAACAACUCUUUCUUUGUGAAAGGAGACUUGGAUUCACUGAUGAUGGGCUGUGGCAGUGGCCACUUUGGGCUGUGGUUGGAUGGAGACUUGUAUCACGGGGGGAGCCACCCCUGUGCAACCUUCAACAACGAGGUGCUGGCCCGGCAGGAGCAGUUCUGCAUCAAGGAGCUAGAGGCCUGGGUCCUGAGCUGAUGCCCCGGUGGGCAGCUUCCUGAGGCAACAGGGGCUUGGAUCUGCCCCCGGAUGCCGACGAGGCCUCCCUCACCCUGGGCAGUCCAUUCUGUCCGAAGCACAGAUGGCGAAGUGUCCCAGUGUGGACUGUGGCCGUGAGCCAGCCUCCCGUCGCCCGAGGACCAAGACAGGCAUGGGCGCAGGCCAUGUUCUCCUGGAGAGGGGACUCUGAAGGAGUGAAAGCACUUAUACCUCACCCAAGCAGCACAAAGUCCCUCAGGAAAAUGAUCUUUUUAGAGAGUAUACAGUUAAUACAUGUUUAUUGUAGAAAGACCAGAAGAUAUAAAAGAAUUAAAGUUGCUUAAAAUUCAACCACCCCCCAAAACACUAACAUUUCAUGUAUAUCCUUCCAGAUAAUUUCCCAAGGAGAUAUAUAUAUAUAUAUAUAUAUAUAUCUUACAAAAUGGGAUUCUACUCUAUAUGUUUUGGACAUUAUUUUAACUUAAAGAAUAUUGUCAAACCACAGACACCAGUACUCAACCAGUGAAAUUAAUAAAGACUCCAGUAGCAUCCUUCUUUUCCCAGAACAUUGAGGGCUUUCUGUCUGCCACCAGUGUGCCACCGGGUGCUUGCAAAUCUCUUAUUUAAUUCCACGAGGAAAAUAUGAAAGCAGCAAAUGAACAAUAUGCAUACUUGGGUAAAGAAUUUGAAAUUCUGUAGAUGGGAACCUCAGGGAGGUUAGAAAGGAGGAAGGGUAUGUUUUCUGGCAAAACAGGAGCUCAGAAAAACUAAAAAAAAAAGAAAUCCAUAUUCCUCCCCAUGCUAGUGCCUGUCUCCUGCCAGAAGAUUCUUUAUCAGGCCAUUACUUGCCAUUAUUGAAUGAGGAAAACCAAGUAACAUAGGCCCUGUUAAUACCAUCCCCUCUCGAAGACCCAACACAGUGCUGAGGUAUAAAGAAACAUCUGGGCGCAUUCCUCGACCAAACACAGUUCUUUUGCACAAAAGGGUCAAAAGUGGGCACACAAGUGUGAGAGAAAGUCGUCAAGGAAGACACGGCCGGUUUCAAGACAGAGAUACAGUCAUGAGGUUUUAUUGCAGCUGUUUCCUUCACCCAGAUGAAAUAACCAGUCACUUGAACUUGCAGUUCUAUUUACAUUCUCAAUGUGACAAUGCUCAGUAACUCUAGAGGCCAAGCUGUUCAAGUCUCCGUUUUUACAGAAACAGUGAAGAUGUUUCUUAAGAAAAAUUUAACCUUGUCAGUGGCACAUGGUUCCCAUAAUUAAAACAGUUGCAAAGAGCAUAAAGUGCAGCUGCCUGGUACGUAACAAAAGAUGCAAACAAAAUAGAUCCAAGUUGCUUCUCAGAGAGCACAAUGAUACAACACUGAGACCACAAAAUUGCAGAGUAAAACAAUGACUUAAAGGUAGGAGGUGCAAAAAUAAAACAAUCUUGGCAGAGAAACAUUACAUUCUUGACCUUGGGUCCGCGCACAUGAAGUCUGGGACGGAUGCUUCUCCCUACUGAACAUUUCAGAGGCACCUUGGUUAAAAUGGACAUGACCCAGUACCACGGACCACUUUCCUUGUGCUUCUAUGAGCCCAUGUGUGACCACAUCCCCACCACACAGCAUCGUGGUGGGAGAGGAGAAGGGUUCUAACUACUCUAUGAAUUAGGGUCAACUCUUGAUUAUCUACUGAGGGAUGGGGGAGGGGUGAUAGUGCACAAUGGCAGACAUUCCAAACACCUGUCACCCUAGUGUCUACAGCAGAGAGCCUGGUUACACAGUGGAAGGUGCAGCACUCCUAAGGCCCUGUGGAUAAUCCACUGGCCUGCGGUCUGAGUUCCUCCCCACUCCCUCUUGCUCUUGCCCAGGGCCAGGGCUGGCUCCCCAGGCCCAGCCUGCCAGGGAAUGUCAGGCUUUUGUAAGGGAGUGUCGAAGCACAAGAUGUUAGGGGCUCAUGACUACACUCCCCACUGCCCUGCCUGUGGCAGCCACCAGCUUUGGCUCUAACUCCAGACUUUGCUCUUGGUGAAUUUCUGUAGCACUGGGGAUGUGCGUAUGGGGGGAGAGCCCUCAGUUCAGGAGCGCUGCUCAACCACAGUGGUGUAGAGACACAGAGGGGAACCUGGAGUUCACUGGGCAAUUACUUCAUCUCUGCAUGGGCAGCUACCAGCAAAAAUGAAGUCCCAGCUCUGAGGAGCCCUGAGGAUGGAUGGUUCCUGUCAUGACCUCUGAUCAGCACCCAAGCAAGAUGCAGAGAGCAAGUGGGAGGGAAGCUGCCUUCUCCAGGCUGGGCAAUGGUAGAACCCUCAGGGCUUGGGCAGUGAGCACUCAGGAGAGAAAGAAACCAACAUGGGCUAGAGCCACAGCUGACCCAGAGAACAGCCUGGUUUGGGGGAUCCCUCUGCCACUGGGGCUAGGGGUCUCCUAUAAGGUAGUUUUAUGCCCCAUUUCGGAGGAGGCCAGAGCCCUCAGAUCUUUUCAGCAAAUCAAUCAGGCCUCUCAUCAAAAUGCUGGAGCCCCUCCUGGCCCUCAUCUACUGUUGAUCCCACAUGGCAGCUUACAGGGGGAUAAAAGGGUGAGGGUAGGUGCCUUUCACUAAUGUUCCAGUCACUCAAGGAGAGCUCUCUUCAAAUUUGGGGUGUUGGGCACCUCCUCAGGGGCGCAGGAUUUUACGUUUUGCUUUUAACUGCGGCUGUUCGUGACAAUCCCAAAUGCAAAUUCCAGUGUGCACCUUUGUCUAAUUUCCAAAUUUUUUAAAAAACAAUCAUAUGUCCUAAGAGUUCAGAGUACAUAAAAGAGUGGUUAUUCUAAGAAAACAGGCUGCUAAAGAAGAAAGACUUUGAUUAAUAUUAAAAAUAGGCAAGGCAGUGCUUUCCAUAGCUCAUGUAAUAAGGUUUGCCUAAUACCUGUUCCUCUAAAUAAAAAUGACUUAGCAUGUGCGUACAUUCAAAAUAUAAAAUAAAAAGCACUAGUUGUCAAUACAUUUGUAGAACUCUGUAAUCAAAUUCCCUAAAUUAAUUGUGUUGGGGGGAGGAGGGAGAGGCUUUUUGUAAACAACUGAUUGCAGACAUUCACACUGAGUCAUCUGAAAAAAGAUUGACUCUGAAUUUGGAUGCUUCUCGGGUGUGAGCUGGACUCUGGGCUGAAUCUGUGUUCUUCCACUCCAAUUUUCGAGGUGUUAUAAGUGGGGCUACAAUAUCACCAUCCUGUGAAAAAGAGAGAAACGAGAAAUACAGAAAAGCCAGUUUUCAUGGUUUUGAGCGAAAGCCUCAGGUACACAUAUCUUUGUCCUGCAGACAGAUUGCUUCUGGACAGAUUUACUCUUGGGAAACCCCAGAUUGUAUAUAUGCUCAGUGCGUGGGCUGAAUUAGAAACACCACGGUCCUAGGAAGGGAAGAGCCCUCAGAGCAAAAGCCACCAGACCUAUUCUUUUCACAUGGCUAGGUUUUACAGCCCUCUCCCUUCACACACUUCCACAGAACACACUCUGUCCUGGUUUUCCAGGAGAAAGAGGGGCCGCACUGGACCCUUGCUCCUCUCUUUCCUAGUCUCCCCUGUAAUAAAUGUCCCAGGUCUGUAAGACGGCAAAGGGGGGAAGGACAGUGUGCGCCUGCAGAACUUGAGCUUUGCUCCACAAUUAAGGCUAUAACUUUGGCCCCAUCAGCAUUGACUCCAGCCAAAACAAGCAAUGGUGUCAAAGUGAAGUGACACUACGACUUGAAAACAAAGAGUGUAAGAAGCUAGGCCCUCUAACACCUGACUCUAUCCUGAAUUGUUCUUGAACUUGUGGAUGGAUUCUCGAGGUUAUAUGAGGGUACAGGAUCUGUGAGAGCCUUUAUUGCACUAGGAAGAGAAUGCUUGUGAUAGAAUAUCGUGGCCUUCAUUUGCCUACUUGCUCUCAGAUCCACUCUUCGCCUCCCUCUGCUGUGCUCUGUGUCACAGGAGCUGCUCUUGUGAACUACGUUUCCCAGCUCCCGUGUCUACUGGCCUCCAGUCAGGUUUGGCCGAUGGGAGGCACUGGUGGGAGGCUAGAAGAGAGGGGGGCAGAGAAGCCAGGGUGUCUCUCCCCUAACCCCUCUGGCUGGGUACAGUGGCUGUGAUUCUGCUGUGGUUCUAGCUUCUGCAGGCGGCCCAGCACCUGGACUCCCACCUCCUUCCCUAGAGGUGGCAGCAGCUCCCUCCUGUUGUCUCACUGUCCUGUUUGCCCAUUUAGCUCUUCUAAAGCUUUCGGAUCUCAUGGCCCGUAUCACAUUUCUUCUGCUGACCUACGCUGGAUCUGACUUGAUAGAGCUAUUAUUAAAAGCAGCCACACUAUUGCCAUGACACUCAUAUUUGGAAGACCCGUACCUCAAGUCAACAUUAUUUGUUUUCAAACUCGUCUCUAUUUCUACCAAACAUCCUUAUUUCUACCCAUUCUAAUUUCAACUCUAGUGAAUUUUAUGAACGCCGACUUGACUAUGUCACUUUCCUGCUUACACACCCCAAUGGCUCCCACUGCUCUGGUGCUCUUGGCUUACAGGACUAUGCACAGUGCCCCGCCCCCGUCCCUAAAUGCACCCUGUUCUCUCCCACCUUCCGGCCUCCCCCCCACCCCCCUUUACCCAGCUGACUCCUCAUCCAUUCUUCAGGUCUCAGCUUCCAAGUCCCUCUUUAAAUAAGCC